AUGAAGGUGACAACGCGUGCUGCAGAGGCUGUGGCUGCAGCCUACACGCGAUGGCAGCACUACCAUGAGCUCCAUCGUGGGCGUGAACCACUGGAAAGUAUCGAGCUGGAAACGCAGUUUGAGCUCGUGGCGACCGGUCUUGUUGCCCUGGACGAAAACCAGAUUUUCGAGAUGUUUCAGGCCGAUGCCCAACUGUUUGUUGCCUUAUUAACCCCAUUCUUGGCACUUGCAGUCGAUGAUCUGGACUCGUUUCAACAACAGCAACAGCAAAUUCAGUUCACGUUCGUGUGUGCUGCCGAGAUGCUGAGCAAGCACCUUCAAGGAAUUACGUUAUCAAAUGUGUUGGACGCUCGACGCCUCUUGACUGAAUUGGUACUUUCGAGUGGACGGGGCGUAGAACAUGAUGAAACCGUUCUACUGCAGCUCGUUGGUCAGGUGCAGGAGCGAAUAUGUGGACAUGGAGAGAAUGGCAGGAUGAAUUGCGCUGCGUCGCUUUGUAGUCUGUUAGAAAUUCUGCUACAGCUCGAUGUUGAGGUUGUCAAGACAAAGUGCGUGGGAGUGUGUGAAGAUGCUAUAAAGACGUGCGGACAGCGGCCAGAUUUCCUGCGAGCAGUCGUACUGCGUAUUGUGCCGGCGCUUGUGGACGGUCAAAGAAGUAAUGCAGUGGCUGUCAAGAAAAGGUGUGUGGAGCUUCUUCAUGCAGUGCUACGCGCCUGGAAGCCGUGCAUACGCGGUGAACGUUUUCCACAUGAACUGCUGGACGUGGUGUGUGUUAUCGUGCCGAAAACUCCACGUGAAGUGAUUAGCGAUGUUAAGCUGCAAGCACUCGUUUGCUUUGCGUUGCGCCACGAAAGUGCUUUAUCGCGGAAGCAGGGGCUGUAUAUUAUCAAAAAAGCCUUGUUACAUUGUAAGUUGUUUUCCGAGCAGCGAAAGUUGAGCAUGGAGGAAGGAAAGGAAUCGGAACCGUGGGUGAACACGUGGCAAAGUUUUGUCACGGCGUCUGAAGUAAUCCACAUGCACCAUGAACAACACCUGAUUGAACAAGUGUGGCCACAGGUUGCAGGUCUUCUGAUGGAUAACUUGAUUUUAUAUGAAGAUUCGAGUCCGCAACAGGAAAGUAACGAAUGGCCGGUUCGCCUGACUUUUGACUGGAUGCAGAGUCUCUUUAUACGAUUGUUUGCUCAUGACAAUCCUGGUGUAAAGCGCCUUUUCAUCUCGAACUUUAUGGAAACCUGUGUGGAAGCAUGGCAAACUUGGGAGAAACCGAGCAUUUCUCGCAAGAAUGUUAAUCGACAAGUUUCUUUCGCUUGUGCCCCCGCUUUUGCACGUUUCGUGCUCGACCACUUGUUGCUUGCCUGCAAUGAUCCAGUACUUUUCAAGCACGCGCAUCGUGCUCGCUUUCAGGCCUUAAUUGCGGAAUUCCUGGUGCUCUUUCUUUCGUUCCAAUUUGUAGAAAGCAAGCAGACGUGCGUACUCGAUGAGUUUGUUGCUGCGGUUGAAGAAGCUGUAUUUGGCGAGGCUGUACAAAGUCACUCACCCGAGGCUCUGCUGAGCAUGCUUCAAGUGUUUCAGUCGCCCAUGUUAAAGCAUGAUGCUUCCUCUACGUCUGCAAUGAUGCUUCUCAGUCCGGCGGCGGUAGACCGAUUGCGUUUUAUGCUUGAUGUACACGUAAUGCGAUCCUUCUCGCAAGCAACGCGCGCAAGGUUGCUUCGAGUGCUGAGCCACGCGCUUACUGGAGGCUUCAUCAAUGCGGCCACAAUGUCGCUGGCGUCGCUUGCACGCGUUCUCUGUGUGUUCCCCAUAAGUUAUUUAGUAGCUGACGAUGGAGAAGCUAUGUUGCGUUUAAUGACGUGGAUUCAGGCCUCCAUGUCUGUUGACAAUACGUCGUACUUUUUCGGUGCUCUUGCAUCUGCUUUUCAAGAAUAUUUACUGCCCCAAGUGGCAGGCAGCUCCGACGGAACACUAUCGAGUCCAACUCAACUGGCGAGGCUGCUGCUUUUUACAGCAAAAUACCCACGUGGAAUGAAGACUUGCCGUUUGGAUACGGUGGAACCUUCGGAAAAUCAGUCUAACACGACAGUGUUGCUUAAUACUCCGCUCAGUGCACUGCUGCCCAGCAGUCUAAACUCAGAGCCGGACCAAACCCGACUUGUGCUUUUAGUAGCCAAGUUUGAAGAGCAAGUCCAGGAGCUGCUAAAUAGAUGCUCUUUUCUACCACCACAAGGCUUCACGCUUUUGUUUGAGCGUGAAGCUUUUUAUGCCGACCAUUUCAGCUGUUUACAUUUGCUUGGCUCGGCUAUGGCUAUAGUCAGGCGCUGGUUGGACAGAGUGGAUGAUACAACAGGAGCUGGCAAGCCUGUAGCUGGAGAUUACGAAAAGGAAGUUGUAAUGGAACUCGUAGCACAGGCUACGUUUGUUCUCUCCCAAUUGAGCACCUACAAAAUGAGCACAACGGGUGGAUCGCACGAAAUGGCUGCAUUGAAUGCGCUUUGCGAGGAGUUGAAAAGAGUAUUGGUACCAGCCGUGGACCGAACGGCCUUUGACUUGGCUUUAGCAGCAAAAUGCUUGUCCAUCAUCGGGUGCAACGCUGAUGCCGUCGACUCUUUGAGUGCGUUUGAGAGUGAUCGUAUGCUCCCGCUUUUGCUUGCCAUUGACACAAGUCGGCGGUUCAGUGGCAAGCUUGAUGCAAAAUUUGCCAUUAGCUUGGCUACCAACAAGUGGGUGGUGUUGUAUGAUGUCUUGAAAUCUUCGUCAUUUCUUGACACGAAACUUCUUCGAAACGUUCAUCAUGACUGUGUCGACGCGCUACCUAGUGCAGGGAUGGACCCUACAGCAUUGGUUCCGAUGAUAAACGUGCUAUCGAUUACGCUCGCACAACUGGCAGGGCCGCUGUCAAGCUCUAGUGAUACCGAACAGCUCAAUAGCUUGCUUCAAGAUAUUUGGACGGCUUACAUCGAUAGCAAGGCGAAACCCGACGAACUUACGCAAGCCGUUGUCGUUUGUGUGUUUCAGCCUGUGUUCCUGCUUCGCAGCGAGCUGCAUAGUUUCAUGAAGCACUGGGUUGCAGAGUUUAUUCGCUUUGGCUCUCGGCAUAGACCUAAUGUGAUUUUUCAUCUAGCUUGCCGCUUGUGCCAAACAUGGCGUGCACACCCAUCAUCUGCCCUACCGUUUGCUGAUGAACUCGUGCAAUUGCUGCUCUACAAGGAACCGAUAAUCGACGAAAAGCAGCAGCUAGUGAUAGCUGUCACAAACCGCACUGAAAGAGCUAAAGGCUGCAAUUCUGCUAGCGACGGCUGCGCUCAAACAACAGCCAUCGCAAGCCAAGCUAAGGACCGAUUCGUUCGCCUGGUUGUGCUGAGCUUUCUGGACGAUGUGGCUGUUGAUGUAGCUGCUGAUACCCAGCUGCUUAUGAAUGCGUUAAUAACUCAGCUUAUUCAGCUGAACGUGACGCCCGACUGGCAAAAGCAGCACAUGCUUAACAGUGACGGAUACGGUAAGAAGCUGCGAUCCUGGCAAGCGCUCUGCGUUAUAAGCGCGCACAUUACAAAGCCACAAUUGACUUCACUGCUUGCCACCCUCCAGACUGCAUUGGCAGUGCCCCAACUGCCGAGUGUCCGCUACUACAUGGAUCUGUUUGGCAUGCGGAUGGCCGUCCGGUAUCCGAGCGAGAUGUGUUCGGGCCUUUUGCUUCCCAUGCUGCGCGAUCCAAAUUUAAUGCCGCAAGUGAGCGCUUCGAUACUGCUUGUGUCCACAUAUCUCGCUAAGUGCAAGCUGGAAAACAAAAGUCUCGAUGUUGACGGUGGGAAAUUGUUGGAAACGGUGCUGCCCUGGCUAAAUUCGUCGCACGGAUACACGCGUGUUCUGGCCCAAUAUUUGCUGACCAAAACGCUCCCCUCUUAUAUCCACCAGCUUCGACAGAGCUCCGGUAACAUCGAUACGCCGGGCCUUUUCUUUCUGGAAGGUACUGCGCGUUAUUUAAGUAACAAUAAGGAGUGCAAGCGAAUGCUUCGUCGGCAAGCUCACCAGCUGGAAGAGUUUUCCCCUGACUAUGAAAGCUCACUGCUUGGCAUGCUUUGUUCGGGCUUUAUAAGCGAGUUCGGAGAACUCGUGCCCCGAGAUGAAGUGCUUCGUUUCAGUGAGCAACUCAAAGCUGCGAUGAACGAUUUGUACGCCCGAUACCAACUCGAGAACUUUCCUUCAGCUCCACCGCAAGCGAAAACUGGCGAGAAAUUGGCACCUGAGGCUGACGCUGCACGGAAAUCGCUUACUGUGCAGCGCAAGAUUGAUACCACGGCACUGCUGCUUGAGGACAAAGCCUUGCCCGCCGCAAUGCGAGCAGGUGUUGAUGCAGCAUUCUGUAGAGAAACUCUGAACGCUCGUCAACGACCUCGGCAGCCUAUAAUCAUUUGCGCAAGCUUAGUCGACAAGGUCCCGAAUUUGGCGGGACUGGCACGGACAUGCGAGAUCUUUAAUGCUCAGAAGCUGGUCGUGCCCAACCUUUUCGUGACGAAGCAAGAUCCCACUUUCGUGGCCGUGAGUGCCACGGCAUGCAAAUGGAUGCCAUUGGAAGAAGUUCAACCGCAAGGUGACAACCUGCACCAAGCUCUGCACCGCUGGAAGAGUGAAGGAUAUACCAUUGUGGCCGUCGAGCAAACAGGUUCUAGUGUGAGUCUUGCAAGCUACUCGCUGCCACACAAGAUGGUGCUCGUCUUGGGUCGAGAGAAAGAGGGUAUCCCAGUGGACGUGUUACAGCUCGUUGACGUGUGUGUCGAAAUCCCGCAAUUCGGUCUGGUGCGAUCCCUGAACGUGCACGUGAGUGGAGCAUUGGUGCUGUGGGAGUACACGCAGCAGCAACUUUUGAGCGGAAACAUCGACUCGAUGCCUGUCCUUUGA